AAGAUCCUACCUCUUCGUAGUGACACUGCGGGACUCUCGGAAGCAGAGGCAGAGCAGUGACUCUGGCUGCUGAGGAUCCCUGGAGAUGAUGGGGAGCUCACAGAAAGCCGGGUGGUGCAAGAAACCUGUGUCACCCACAAACGCAAGAGCCACUUUGAAAGUUUUCGGGAAGACCACGCACACCAUUGUUCUGCUUACCAUCACUGCCAUCACAGGAUCUACAGGGAACAGCAGUGUGUCAGCGACAGUAGGUAACAGCUUUGUGUUCGCCUGCCCUCCCGGAUCAAACAUGACUCUGGUAACAUGGAAAAUAAACCCCAAGGCUGGGGGCCACUGCUCCUUGGGAUACAGGGCUGAUCAGAACAAGACAUACAGAACAAACUGCAGUGACAACAUAGACUGGAAGUUCAGACCAGAUCAGAAUCCUGCCCUUGAGAUAUGGAAAGUGGGAAUAGCUCAUGAGGGAGAUUACACCUGCGAACUAGUAGGAACAGACGGGAAUUUCCACGAGGUGUACCAGCUGACCGUGCUAGUGCCCCCCAGGCUGACCCUGUACUGUGACGACCACGGGAAGCCCGUGUGCGAGGCAGCGGCAGGGAAGCCAGCUGCUCAGAUCUCGUGGGUCCUUGAGAGCAACUCCACCCUCGAGGAGGAAGGCCAUGACAACGGGACAGUGACUGUUCUCAGCAAGCUCACAGCAUACAGCACCAACAUGACGCAUACAACCUGCGUUGUGUCCCACCCAGCUGGGAACCAGAGCAAGUCCAUAACCUGUUAUCCCUCAGAGAAUAGUACAUGGUUUCUUCACUGUGUCAUCAGCCUCGCUGCUCUCCUGGGCCUCCUUUUCCUGCUUGCUGUUCUUCAUCUCUGCAUCUCCUGUCAUAGCAGGACAAUUAGAAGCCAGUACAAGCCAAAGCAUCUUCCACUUGCAGAGCUCCCUGAGCCUAUUUCUAACUCAGCACCUGAGCAGAGAUGAAAGAAACUCCCAGUAUGCCUCAGUCAGCGAUGUGACAUGCAGCAGGGACUCACCAGUACCAAAGCGUUCAGGAGAAAGAAGCAAACAUCUGCAACAUAGCCAGCGUAACUGUGCAGAAACAUGGCAUGCAGGCCAGAUCCUACCUGACCCAUGUCUGCUUUGUCUUCCAUCAUCUCUCUAGUGCAACUAUAGAUGUUGUUAUCACUCAUGCAAGUAUCAAUCUUUUUUUAUAAAACCAAAUCUAACAUAUGUGCAAUAGGAAAUUAAUUCAUGUUGUAUAAAAUGAAGUCACACUUUCAAAUACAUUGUAUCCUAGUAUUUAAGUAUCAUGUCUUGUGAUUUAAAAUACUUCAGAAGAAAUUUUCUUGCAUAUUAGUGAGCAGCAACCUUCCCAGGAUGAUCACACAAGACUGAAGCUAAAUUUGAGCAACUCUCAUUUUCACAAUAAGAAUUUUGAAGUGUUUCAUCAAGAGCUACAAAAAAAAGGAGAGAGAAUAUUUAAGCUUGAGCAGUUAUUG